CUCCUUCAACAUUCUCCAUCUUUAUUUCCUCCCAUCCUCCUUUUCUCAGCAGGUUUCCUUUCCCAGGGAGGUUCCAGCCUUUAGCGGCUCCUGUCGCUUAUUUCUAAGCCACGUCGUCAGCCUGUUCACUUGGCCGUUACGCCUGUCUGCUACACCACAGCAUGGCGAACUGCGUGCUUAGACGGGCCGCUCCCCAACCAAUGCUCGCAGCGCCGCCGGCGAUUAAAGGCUCGUCUGCCAUCAAAGGCGCGCCCGUCGUCGUGCGCGUUGCGCCGAGCCGCGAUGUCAGAGGCCGGAUCGUAUGGCGCUGUGAGGCUGCAGCUGGCGCUUCGGCGGCAGCUGCUGCUGCAGCGACUACAAGCUCCCCUGCGUCGGAGGCGACAACGUCGUCAGCAGCGAGGAGUCGCCAGCGCGACGUCGUGCGACUGGCGCUGCCGAGUAAAGGUCGCAUGGCGGAAGACACGCUCGCGCUGCUCAAGGAGUGCGAGCUGACCGUGCGAAAGCCGAACCCUCGCCAAUACAUCGCAGAGAUCUCCGAGAUCGAGGGCCUGGAGGUGUGGUUCCAGCGCGCGUCGGACUGCGUGCGGAAGCUGCUGAGCGGCGACGUGGACAUGACCAUAGUGGGCUAUGACAUGGUCAAGGAGUACGGCAAGGACGACCCCAACCUUCUCAUCGUGCACGAUUCCCUCGGCUUCGGCAAGUGCCACCUCAGUAUUGCAGUGCCGUCAUACGGCAUCUUCGAGCGCGUCAACUCCAUCCAGGACCUCAUCGCCAUGCCGCAGUGGUCUGCUACCAACCCUCUCCGCAUAGUCACAGGCUACACUCAUCUAGGCAAGCGCUUCUUCGACCAGCUCGACUUCCCCCACGUGCAGCUCUCUACAGCUGACGGCGCCCUGGAGGCCGCCCCUGCGAUGGGCACAGCAGACGCCAUUCUCGAUCUGGUCAGCACAGGCACGACUCUCAAGGAGAACAACCUCAAGGAGCUCAAGGGCGCGGAUGUGCUCAGCAGCCAGGGCGUUUUUGUGGUGAGCCGGCGGGCGCUGGAGGAGCGGCCGGGGCUGCUGGGGAUGACGAAGGAGAUGCUGGAGAGGAUCGAGGCGCACCUGUGCGCGCGCGACCAGUACAUUGUCACGGCCAACAUGAGGGGGCUGUCAGAGGAGGACGUGGCGCACAGAGUGCUGGAGAACACCUCCUUCCCUGGGCUGCAGGGCCCCACGAUCUCGCGGGUGUACUCACGAGGCGACGAUUCUCCCGAUGGGGCGGCAGGCAUCAAGGUGGACUACUUUUCGGCCACGGUGGUGGUGCCGCGCUCACACAUCUAUACGUCCAUCCGGGAGCUCAGGAAGGCUGGUGGAAGUGGGGUGCUGGUAACGCCUGUUACAUAUAUUUUCGACGAAGAGCCGCUUCGUUGGAAGAAGCUGCUCAAUGAAAUUGGUCUUUAGAAAGCGGGGCCUCUCCUCUCUCUGUUAUAUGCUUUCUUGGAAUGACCAGUGUGUUUUGUACGUCGCACAUGUCAUCCAUCAACCUUCAGGUCAAAGAAAUGCAGCUAAGCUCUCAUGCAACCAGUGUACAACCUAGCUUUAUAUUUUGGGCAGACAUCACAAAUCGUUUUUAUCUUUAUGUUGGCUUUGCUUGGGUCUUUUGAGGCCUUCCGCUAGCUUGAAACACGCAACCCUAAGCAUAUCUUGAAUGGAGGAGUUCACUCCAUCCAUCCGUUUUUGUAUACAUUGUAUUAGCGUUAUGUAG